GCAGGUUUAGUAUGGUGGCGCCCGGAUCUACUUUUCAGACGUCCUGGCUUGCAAAGCUCAAAUAACUGUUUAGAAAUCACGAUCGCAAUAGUGGACUCGAUUUACAGUCGUGACAACCCUUAGUAGUUUUACUGCAAGAGAUCGCUUCUCAUCUUCGACACAGAAGCUUCCAGUUGUGUUUGUUUACCUUCGCUAGUAAUCCUACUAGCGGUUAGCACAGUCGAGACCUAGCUGCUGUGCAGGCCGAGGGCAGUCGAGAACAAUGGCUACCCAGUCUGAUUUGAUGGAGUUGGACAUGGCGAUGGGAGACAGUAAGGCUGCAGUGAGCCAGUGGCAGCAGCAGUCUUACCUGGACUCAGGCAUUCAGUCCGGAGUCACCACCACAGCACCGUCUUUGAGUGGCAAAGGAAACCCUGAUGUUGAGGAGGAUGAUCCCACUUUGUACGACUGGGAGUUCAACCCCCCCUUCACUCCUGAGACUACAGACAUCGAAGGUUACGCCAUGACCCGUGCCCAGCGGGUGCGUGCGGCCAUGUUCCCUGAAACCUUGGAGGAAGGCAUCCAGAUUCCGCCGACGCAGGUCGAUGCCGCUCAGCCCACUGCGGUGCAGCGCCUGGCCGAGCCUUCUCAGAUGCUGAAGCACGCCGUGGUCAACCUCAUCAACUACCAGGAUGAUGCCGAGCUGGCCACUCGGGCCAUCCCCGAGCUGACCAAACUGCUUAACGAUGAGGACCAGGUUGUGGUGAACAAGGCGGCCGUCAUGGUGCAUCAGUUGUCAAAGAAGGAAGCAUCUCGCCACGCGCUGAUGCGUUCGCCGCAGAUGGUGUCGGCGGUUGUCCGAGCCAUGCAGAACACCGGCGAUGUGGAAACUGCUCGCUGCUCUGCCGGAACCUUGCACAACCUCUCCCACCACCGGGAGGGGCUCCUUGCCAUCUUCAAGUCCGGAGGGAUCCCUGCCCUGGUCAAGAUGCUGGGGUCACCAGUGGACAGUGUGUUGUUCUACGCCAUCACCACACUGCACAACCUCCUGCUGCACCAGGAAGGAGCCAAGAUGGCGGUCCGCCUGGCCGGAGGACUGCAAAAGAUGGUGGCUCUUUUGUCCAACACCAACGUCAAGUUCCUCGCCAUCACAACUGACUGCCUGCAGAUUCUUGCUUAUGGCAACCAGGAAAGCAAGUUGAUUAUUCUGGCCAGUGGUGGUCCCCAAGCCCUGGUCAACAUUAUGAGGACCUUCACCUAUGAGAAACUGCUAUGGACCACAAGCAGAGUGCUGAAGGUCCUCUCUGUUUGCUCCAGCAACAAACCUGCCAUAGUAGAAGCUGGAGGCAUGCAGGCCUUGGGACUCCAUCUGACUGACCCCAGCCAGCGUUUGGUCCAGAACUGCCUCUGGACUCUGAGGAACCUUUCGGAUGCUGCCACAAAGCAGGAGGGAAUGGAGGGCCUGCUGGGAACCUUGGUCCAGCUUUUGGGAAGUGAUGACAUCAACGUGGUGACAUGUGCUGCUGGCAUCCUUUCCAACCUGACCUGCAACAACUACAGUAACAAACUUAUGGUCUGCCAGGUUGGAGGUAUUGAGGCCCUUGUGAGGACAGUACUCAGGGCGGGAGACAGAGAGGACAUCACAGAGCCAGCCGUCUGUGCCCUGCGCCACCUCACCUCCCGCCACCAGGAUGCAGAGAUGGCCCAGAACGCCGUCCGCCUUCAUUACGGCCUUCCCGUGGUUGUCAAACUCCUGCACCCACCCUCUCACUGGCCGCUCAUCAAGGCUACAGUCGGUCUGAUCCGCAACCUGGCCCUUUGCCCGGCCAACCACAGCGCCCUUCGUGAGCAGGGAGCCAUUCCACGUCUGGUCCAGUUGCUUGUCAGAGCUCACCAGGACACCCAAAGGCGCACCAGCAUGGGAGGCAACCAGCAGCAGUUUGUGGAAGGAGUGCGUAUGGAAGAAAUAGUGGAAGGCUGCACAGGAGCACUGCACAUCCUGGCACGGGACGUCCACAACAGAAUUGUCAUCAGAGGACUUAACACCAUUCCACUCUUUGUCCAGCUGCUGUAUUCUCCAGUGGAGAAUAUCCAGCGCGUGGCUGCCGGCGUGCUAUGCGAGCUAGCUCAGGACAAGGAGGCCGCAGAGGCCAUCGAAGCCGAGGGAGCCACCGCGCCGCUCACCGAGCUGCUGCACUCUCGCAACGAGGGCGUCGCCACCUAUGCCGCAGCUGUACUGUUCCGUAUGUCCGAAGACAAGCCCCAGGACUACAAGAAACGUCUCUCGGUGGAGCUGACCAGCUCUUUGUUCAGAACGGAGCCCCUGGCCUGGAAUGAGACUGGAGAUCUUGGAUUGGAUAUGGGGGCUCAGGGAGACCCUCUGGCCUACAGGCAAGAUGAUGGAGCCUAUCGGGCCUACCCUGCAGGCUACGGUCAAGACACCCUGCUGGACCCCAUGAUGGAAGGGGCCGACUACCACGCCGACGCUCUGCCCGAUCUGGGCCACCACACCGAUCCUCUCCCAGACCUCGGUCACAGCCAGGACCUGAUGGACAGCAACCAGCUGGCCUGGUUUGACACCGACCUGUAGGAUUGUUGUGUUCUGAUAGAGCCUGCAUUGUGAUUGGCCUGUAACCUGUAUUGUCUCAAAGCAGCGUUUUGAUUGGCUGUGUAAAGUUUUGAAGGUAGAGGAAGGAACAAGGAUUAGUGGAAAGUGCCUGACACCAGAAAACAAAGAAGAUGGAUGCCAUGGGAAUGUUUUAGCAAGUUGAGAAAAAAAUUUAAGGGGGGGGGGGGGGUUCUGUGACAUCAUAAGGUGGUCUCGGGCAGGUUACCUGUUUGGUUGAAUGCACAUGAGUUGGAUCUUAAAGUUGCUAACACAUGUUUUAGCCUUGCCUGUAUUAUCAUUUUUCAGUUCUACUUUUUGUAUUCUAUUUUAUUUUUUUUAAUUUCUUUUUUGUAUUACUCAUUCUCUGUCAUGGUACUGACCCAGCUUGCCUUCACACUAGCCAUCUUAAUUUUGUCUUCAAUGCUAAUCAUUUGUUUUUUGUUUUUUUUAAAACAAACGUAUAUUACAUGUAGUGUUAAGUUAUAGUGAUAUUAUACAAUUUUUCUUUGGUUAUGGUCGAAUGUGUUAGAACACUAAUAAUCAGUUGUACUCUGAAUUAAAAUGUAACAUUGUGUAGGUUUUUUUUUAUAAUCAAAAAUGGAGGAUGAUACAUUCUUAAUAUGUGCUUCUUUAAGCAUAAACUGUCAGUGUCACAUGUUCUAAUGAGAUCACAAAUUGUGGGAUUUGUUGGGGAUAAAUCUAGAGAAAAGUGUUUUAUAUGCAUUCACUGGUAGGUUACUAUUUUGUAUGCUAUCAUUGGGUGUGAGAGAGAAAAGUAGUUGGCGCUACUAAACGGUAGCCAGGUUGACGAACCAGUUGAGAUUCCUGCUGUGUUUCUAUUGGAGACGAGGUUGUGACAUGGCUGAACAAUAAAGUCAUUUUAUUUCA